AUGGUCGGAGAAACCAACCUUGCCCGCUCCUUCAUCUUGGACUUCAGCUUCCAGGAUGUCCCAUCGCUGCCGCCCUUCCCGCUUCACCUGCUCACUUGUCCGGCCCAGGACUGGCUGACCCGCUAUGGCUACCUGCCACCGCCUGACCCAGCCCAGGCCCAGCUGCGGAGCCCUGAAAAGCUCCGGGAUGCCAUCAAGGUGAUGCAGAGGUUUGCUGGGCUGCCUGAGACCGGCCUCCUGGACCCAGUGACGAUGGCCACCAUGCACAAGCCCCGCUGCUCUCUGCCCGACGUGCUGGGGGUGGCAGAGCUGGUUAGGCGCCGGCGCCGGCGCUAUGCCCUGAGCGGCAGUAUUUGGAAGAAGCGAACCCUGACGUGGAGGAUACACUCCUUCCCCCGGAGCUCUGCCCUGAGCCAGGAGACUGUGCGGACUCUCAUGCACCAUGCCUUGGCCGCCUGGGGUAUUGAGUCAGGCCUCAAAUUCCGGGAGGUGGGUUCUCAGGGCCCACCAGAGGCUGACAUCCUCAUCGACUUUGUGCGGGCCUACCACCAGGACAGUUACCCUUUCGACGGGCAGGGGGGGACCCUCGCCCACGCCUUCUUCCCCGGGGAACACUCCAUCUCUGGGGACACUCACUUCGACGAUGAGGAAAUCUGGACUUUUGGGUCAAAAGAUGGUGAGGGGACAGACCUGUUUGCGGUGGCAGUUCAUGAGUUUGGCCACGCACUGGGCCUGGGCCACUCCUCUGCGCCUGACUCCAUCAUGAGGCCCUUUUACCAGGGUCCUGUCGGGGAGCCCACCAAGUACCGCCUGUCCCAGGAUGACCGUGAAGGCCUGCAGCAGCUCUACGGGAAAGGACCCCAGACCCCAUAUGAUAAGCCCACAAUGAAACCCCUGGCUCCUCCUCCCCCGCCCCCUGCCCUGCCCCCAGGCAGCCCCUCCCUUCCUGUCCCUGAUCGAUGUGAUGGCAAUUUUGAUGCUAUCGCCAACAUCCGUGGGGAAACCUUCUUCUUUAAAGGCCCCUGGUUCUGGCGCCUCCAGCCCUCAGGACAGCUGGUGUCCCCCCGGCCUGCCAGGCUCCACCGCUUCUGGGAGGGGCUGCCCCCCCAGGUGACUGUCAUCCAGGCUGCCUACACCCGGCACCGAGAUGGCCGAAUCCUACUCUUCAGUGGCCCGCAGUUCUGGGUGUUCCGGGACCGGCAGCUAGAGGGCGACGCGCGGCCGCUGGCCGAGCUGGGGCUGCCCGCAGGGGAGGAGGUGGACGCCGCGUGGGCCUGGGGGUGCCGAGGAGUCCUCGGGUGGGCGGGGCGGGGGCAGCCGGCACCAGCCCUGCAGCUCUCCGCCCACCUUGCAGGUGCCACCUACUUCUUCAAGGGCGCCCACUACUGGCGCUUUCCCAAGGGCAGCGUCAAGGCCGAUCCGGACUCCCCGCAGCCCAUGGGCCCCCAGUGGCUGGACUGCCCGGCCCCCAGCGCUGGCCCUCGCUACCCCAGACCCCCCAAAGCGACUCUCAAGCCCGAACCCUGCAAUUGUCAUUGCGAGAUCAACCAGGCCGCUGGGCGCUUGUCCUCGUCUUCGUCGUGGGUGACCCUCCUGCUGCUCCUUCUGCCCCUGCUGGUGGGGGACAUCACCUCCCGCUGAGGGGGUCAGGCGGGAGCCGGUUCUCCCACCACCGGCCUGUCCGGGGUGGUGAUGGCCUGUCGGGGGUGGUGAUCGCUGCCCGGCCCCAUCCUCUGUUCCCAGGGCGGGCCCAGCAAGGUGGGUGGAGCUAAGCCCUGGGGGUAGGGGGUGGGGUGGGUGGGACACGAAGGCUGGCCCUGGACCGAACACAGGAAGUGCUCAGCCUCCCCUCCCCCAAACCCGCCUCCACCUGCUUUGGCCCCCAGGAUGUGCAUUUCCCGGAAUGGCUGGCUUUUCUCAGAACACAGCCUGCUGACUCCUUGCAGCGCAAGCCCUGCCUGGCAACAGCGGCUCAGGUGCAUGGGUCUUUAGAGGACAGGCCUGAUCGGGAGACUGAGCCCCAGCACGUCCCCCCUCCCCCCACUUUUCCAGAAGUGUCUCUCACCCUGUUCGGCUUCCACCAGGUCCCAGUCAACACCACAUGGGUGGGGAACUGGGACCCAGUCCUGAGACCACCCCUGGGCACCAGUGCUGCCCGUUCUGGGUGGCACCAAUGACCACAAGGGUGACCUUCCACAAUCUGGCCCCUGGACCUCCUUGCUGGUCACCACCCUGAAUGCAGAACUGUCCCAUUCAAUAGGACACCCUCCCCAUCUUUAAAAACCUCUUUUUGCCUCCACCCGGCGUGUCUGCAGUUCCCUCAAGGAGAACUCCUUCGCUCCUGUCUGCUCAGUGCUGACCACAGACAGUAGAUUGAGCAGUCUCUUCACCUGGGGUAGCUGCUUCCUCAGCACUCCUGGCUGAUGAGUGGGGAAAACCUGGGCCAUCUCAUUCAUUUCCCACUCUCCCCAGAAUUCAGGAUCUAAAUCAGUGCCCCUGGAACUGUGCUUCUGGAACAUUCCACAUCAGAAUCACCCAGGGAACUUAAAAAUGCAAAUCCCAUGCCCUCACCCUGAAUCUUCACUUGGGAUGGGACUGUCUUGUGGCUGUCUUGUGGUUUUCUGUGUCUCUGCCAUGUUCUCCCAGGAGCCAACUUUUCAUGUCGCCUACAGAGCCAAGCUGAUGGCCACAGUUGAUAGGGGUCACCCCCAUGGCUGGAGUCACUUAGUGGCCUUUUCUUGGGCUGCUGUCCAGCCUCAUGAUCCACAGUGCCACCUGGAGCUGAGGCUGUGGGCUCCAGUCCCAGUGAGUACAGACAGUGCCUGCUGUUUAUCAAGGCAAGCAGACCAGUGUGAAGACAACAGCCAGGCACAUGUUUGACCUGUCCAUGACCUGAGAACUCUAAGCCAUCUGAGGCUCUGUCAGGAUCCUUUUUAAGUACAAGGAGGGGGAAAUUUGUAUUGUAAAAGCUUA